GGGAGGGGCUGCCCCAGGCCCCGCGCCUUCCCCUUCACCGCGGCCGGCGCCGGGCCAGGAGGAUGCGCGACGCGGGGCUCUGAAGCAUGGAGGGGGUUCUGUACAAGUGGACCAACUAUCUCACAGGUUGGCAGCCUCGUUGGUUUGUUUUAGAUAAUGGAAUCCUAUCCUACUAUGAUUCACAGGAUGAUGUUUGCAAAGGGAGCAAAGGAAGUAUAAAGAUGGCAGUUUGUGAAAUUAAAGUUCAUUCAGCAGACAACACAAGAAUGGAAUUAAUCAUUCCAGGAGAACAGCAUUUCUACAUGAAGGCGGUGAAUGCGGCUGAAAGGCAGAGGUGGCUGGUUGCCCUGGGGAGCUCGAAAGCCUGUUUGACUGAUACUAGGACUAAAAAAGAAAAAGAAAUAAGUGAAACCAGUGAAUCUCUGAAAACCAAAAUGUCUGAACUUCGCCUCUACUGUGACCUCCUAAUGCAGCAAGUUCAUACCAUCCAGGAAUUUGUUCACCAUGAUGAGAAUCAUUCGUCUCCCAGCGUAGAGAACAUGAAUGAAGCCUCGUCUCUGCUUAGUGCCACAUGUAAUACAUUCAUCACAACACUUGAGGAAUGUGUGAAGAUAGCCAACGCCAAGUUUAAACCUGAGAUGUUUCAACUGCCCCAUCCAGAUCCCUUAGUUUCUCCUGUGUCACCUUCUCCUGUUCAAAUGAUGAAGCGUUCUGUUAGCCACCCUGGUUCCUGCAGUUCAGAGAGGGGUAGUCUCUCCGUAAAAGAACCAGUGUCUACACUUCACCGGCUCUCCCAGCGACGCCGAAGAACCUACUCAGAUACAGACUCUUGUAAUGAUAUUCUCCUUGAAGAUCCAGAUAGACCUGUUCACUGUUCAAAAAAUACACUUAAUGGAGAUUUGGCAUCAGCAAUCAUUCCUGAAGAAAGCAAACUUAUGGCCAAAAAAAAAUCUGAAUCAGAAGAUCCUCUUCCAUCCUUCUCUUCCUGAAGAAACUGAAGUGUCCAACUUCUUCUAAGUAUUGCUAUGCAAAAGCUGCUGUAAUUAAACUGUUGUUAUAGGGAGUAGUUUUUUCCCUUAGGAUUUCUCUGCACUUUAUAGAAUAUUGUAAAAACAAACAAACAGAAAAACAACUCACAUACUUUUGAAGUGUAUUUUAUCUUUAUAUAGUUUGUUUGCAAAAGUAUUUUCCUAAUACUUCACAGUAUGAAUGUGCAUCUCUUUUUUUUUUUUUAAACAAAUGUUGGUGUAGCAUUUUGACAUCCAUAAGGACAAAUGUAGAUAUUUUUCUAAAAAACUGUGAGGGACUGACAGCUUGGUCAGUGUGUAUUGUAGCUUAUAAACAUGAACUCUAUAAGGUUUCAGUUUGACAGAAGUGUGAAAUAUGUAACUUGUGCCAUGGACCAAAUGGUUGCUUUAUUCCAGCUAUAAAUGAGUUACGAUAGCAGCUUGAUGGUGAAGAUUGUAUUGUAUUCCUUUAAUAAAAAAGGAUACACUUAAUAUUCUAAAUAUCUUUAGCCCAAAUACCAUGACAUACUGAACAUUUGAAAAUAACCAGACUGUACUGUCCUUCAUAUGUGAAGUUGACACUACUGAUUUGUCAAUACCAAAUGUUGGGUUAAAGUAUUUAAUUUUUAUUUAUUUAUUUUCUUGUUGCAUCAAAAGAUGAUUGCAUCCUAACUUUUGUGACCUACCAAAUUUGAGAUGUGUAUACACUGUUAUUUACGUCGUUCUAGAAAAGAGGUUAAUGUUGUAGUGACCUUGCUCACUUAUACCAGAGAAAUAAACAACUUUCAAUGGAAGAGGACUUUAGUGCUUUUUUCCUAAAUUAGACAUUAAGCUGCUGUUGUAAGGUAUUGUUUGCAGCUCUUUAGACUAUCUAGAGAUGUUUUUAUUUAUGAAUAUUUAUACAAAAAACGAAUUCUGUCAAGGUGACUGCUCUGCAUCACUUGAGAAUGGCAUUAUUUAAUUAAAGAACAAAUAGCAUUUUUUGGUAGUGCCUGUCCAUCCUAUUGUCAGUGUUUGCCUUGUAAUCUGCUUUUUGAAUUCAUUUUGGGAUGACGAUUUUGACCAAGGUUUUAGAUGAGGAGCACUUUAAAACAAACUGGUUUGGCGUUUUUAAGUUAAUCAUAUAUUUAAUAAAUAUGUGGUUUUUGCUUUCAAACUUAUCAUACAACACAUUGUAUUUUUUAUACUCA